AUGCGGUCUAGCGGUGAAGACUCAACUUCUGAAAAUGGAUAUUCUAUUCCGCUGAAGGACUACCCAAAAGAUACAUCCCCAUCAAAACGUGCAGAUAGCUCCUCUGAUUACUAUAAGGAGCAGCAUGUAGAGCAAAUAAGACCCUUCACUGACAAUGACUUUGAUGAAGUAUUGAAUGAAAAUGACUCAGAAUUUUUCGACCUUGGGAUCCCGGUACAAAAGGAAAAUACCGACCCUGGUCUUUUGGAGAUGAACUCUCCUUAUUUGUCGAAAUCUAGGACUUCUGAUCACCCUGAUGAAACAUUACUAAAAAAGGGCAUAAAAAACCGUGACAAAUAUUCUGUUAAGCGCACCUUAAAAAAGCCCGAUUACUUCCAUAGAGCAUCUCCAAUAUUUACAAAGAUCCUCUCAGAAAUAUACAGCUCAAUUUUGAGAGUAGUAGCCUGCCCAGAACCAAAAGAUGACAGUUGCUUUCGUGAUCGGAGGUAUAGGGACAUCUGCAAGAAGGUUUACAUGUCAAUUCCCUACAACAUAUUGAUAUUCUGCUUGAUCUUAACACAAGGUGUGAUCCUUAUGAUUCAAUCAGAUGACCCGCAUCAUAAGCAAACUAGUGUCAAUGUCAUACUUUUCAUUAUAGCGGGCUUUUAUACGCUUGAAAUGUUUCUCAAAGUUUAUCUCUUUGGUUUAGUAUAUGAUGGUUCAUAUUCUUUUCACUCACUGGUUGAUUCAUAUAAGAAAGGCAGACCUCGGGAUAUGUCUUAUAUGCGUCACUCGUGGAAUAGAAUAGAUUUCGUUUCUAUUAUCAGUAUUUGGGUCAUGUUAUUCUCCAAUGAUUACGGAAUUUAUGGUUUAUUUGCUAUGCUUUCGAGCUUUCGUCUAACACGACUAUUAAAUGUGACUCGAAGAACGGAAAGUAUACUGAGGAGUUUAAAAGAUUCUUCAUCGCUUUUAGUUCACGUCGUAUCAUUCGUAGGGUUCUUUGGCGUGUUAAUGGCCAUUUUAGGGGUACAGUUUUUCAAACGAUCUUUUUUGAGACAGUGUAUCUGGAUUGCUGACGAUCAGUCUCAAUCCAUCCCUACGGGACAGUUUUGCGGUGGAUAUUGGCUUAAUGGAACCAUACAACCCUACGUGAUGUCGUCCGGACAGUCUUCCAAUGUUAAACCUCGUGGUUACAUUUGUCCGCAAAAUAGUGUCUGUCAAGAUUACGAAAAUCCCUACGAAAAUACAGUAAAAUUUGAUAAUUUCUUUAAUUCUUUAGAACUUAUUUUUGUUAUUAUGAGUUCGAAUACAUUUACGGACUUGAUGUACGAUAUGAUGGAUGCAGAGUACUUCGUAUCUUGUGUUUUCUUCAUAUUUGGCACUUUUCUACUAACUUUCUGGUUAAUGUCUUUUGUCAUCGCCGUCGUCGACAAUUCGUUCCUUUUGUUGCAAACAAGGGACGACAACAAAGAUAAGAAAACUGAGAAACCACGUAAGUUCGUAUAUAUAAAACACAGGUUUUCUAGACAUUAUCUAGGCUAUUCAGAUUAUAUUUGGAUUACGCUCAUAGUAGUUUAUUUCAUCGUUUUGGCUACUCAUUCUUACAACGUGGAUAACAAUACGAAUUGGAAGUACUAUAUUUUUUAUUGUGUUUUCAAUUCUCUUCUGGCAUUUGAAAUGCUGUUGCGGUUUAUUGCAUACCUACCCAAUUGGCGAGGAUUUUUCAUCAAAUAUACGAAUUGGAUGGAUACUGUUCUUGCCAUAAUGAAUCUCAUUUCAUUAGCUCCCCCUAUUUGUAACAAUCCACUCCUCAGCGGAUGGUUAUCAAUAUUUUCCAUUGCACGAGUUUAUCGGGUGGUGCUAUUAGUACCUUAUACGCGUAAGAUCGCAAAAUUGCUAUUCUCUAAUUUCAUUCGGCUUCUGAAUUUGAUGUUAUUUUUGUUUAUUUUGCUUUUCAUUGCCUCCAUGUUGUCAGUAAGGCUUUUUCAAAACCUACCGCCUUCUGACGAUCCAAGUAACGACGUUGAUUUUUCAAAUACUUAUGCCGCUUUUUUAAAUAUGUAUCAAAUUUUCUCUUCCGAAAAUUGGACGGAUAUCGUUUACAAUGUCCAGGAAAGGCUAGGACCUUAUAAACUGGCGUGGUUACCUGCUGCUUUUUUUACGCUUUGGUUUGUUUUCUCAAACAAUAUAGUGCUUAGUAUGUUUAUAUCCGUAAUCCAGUUCAAUCUUUCGAGAAGCAAUACCGAUUUGAAGUUGCAGCAACUUAGGAUGUAUUUGGCCAGACUACUUAGGAACUAUAACCCAUUCCAAGCAUCACUAACGUUAAAUGCACUCUUGAAAAGAAACGACUCGCAAAUUCGAAAAGAUAAGGAAGACAUAUACCGAAAAUGGAUUUUGGAAGAUUCGGUUAUAAAAGGGUUUUUAAACGACAGCACGAUACCUUCAGAUGAACGUUUAGAAGCACGUUUCGAUACCUCUCCAAACGCACCGAAAUAUUCUCCUUCUAGGAUUUUUAGUAUACUUAAAAGUUUUUUGUUGCGGGAGGAUCCAUUUUCGCAAGCAUAUUUUAAGAAGAUUAUCGGUUUAAGAUGGAACAAAGACAUGAAUCUCAAAACAGCCGAAAAGGACAUGAAAGCAGCAAAGGCAUUCGUCAGAAUCAAACAAGCAGAGUAUCUGAAAGAACAUCCUAAAUUUAAUUAUGUGUUUUGGUUUAUAAAACCAUCGAAUGGCCUUCGAAAACUAUGUCAAAAACUAGUUGAACCUGGUUGCAAUGAACGAUAUAAAGGCGUGGAGCCAAACCAAUGGAUCUAUCGAAUUUUUCAAGUAUUUAUUUACGCAUGUAUUGUUUGUGCCGUGGCAUUAGCAUGCGUUACAACCCCUAUUUAUGAACGAAACCAUAUGUAUUUGAGUCAGGAGGGAAAGACUGCAUGGUUUAUUUGGACCGAAGUGGGGUUCUCUCUUAUAUUCACAUUAGAAGCGGCCAUUAAAAUCAUUGCUGAUGGCUUUUGCUUCACGCCAAACGCAUACGUUAGAAACACCUGGAAUUGCAUUGAUCUUUUCGUAUUGGUUACGUUUUGGAUUAAUAUAUUCGCAAUUUUAACGAAUCGCGGCUCUUUAUCAAGAGCUUUUCGAGCUUUUAAAGCACUUCGUGUAUUAAGGCUGGUGAAUCUUACUAGAGCGCCGCAACAUAUGUUUCAUGAUGUACUUAUCAGCGGCUUUUUCAAAAUAGCAUCUGCUAUGGUUGUUUCACUAAGUUUAUUAAUUCCCUUUGCUCUUUGGGCAAAAAAUAUAUUUGGCGGGCAAUUAUAUUCUUGUAAUGAUAGCAACGUGAAUGUUAGGGGUGAGUGUAUACAUGAAUAUGCUGCAUCUCCAAAUAAUUGGGAAAUAUGGGCCCCUAGAGUUUGGAGCAAUCCAAGUGCUUACAAUUUUGAUAGUUUCCCCCAUGCUUUAUUAAUUCUUUUUGAAAUCGUAUCCUUAGAGGGUUGGAUUGACGUUAUGCGAGAUGUAAUGAAUAUCACCGGAAUGAAUAUGCAACCGCAGGACAAUGCUUCCUCAGGCUAUGCCAUGUUUUUUGUACUUUUUAAUUUGAUAUCUACUAUUUAUAUUUUAACUUUGUUUGUCGCUAUUAUUAUCCGAAACUAUACAGAGCGCUCUGGAUCUGCAUUUUAUACAUCAGAACAAAAGGCUUGGUUGGAAUUGAAGAGGCUGAUUAAAUCUAUGAGACCGUCAACUAGAUCAGCUGUACGUCCGCCGGGUUUCCGAGGGCGCUGCUAUGACUUUUCAGUGGAUAAACAUGGUAAAUGGAGAAACGUAUUUACUGGAAUUUACAUAUUUCAUGUAAUAACGUUAAUGACUAUUUUUACUCCAUGCCCAAUUGCUUAUACUUAUGUUAGGAAUUCUAUAUUCCUAUUGCUAUCUGUAUUAUAUGUUAUUAAUAUUGGAGUUAGGAUUUACGGACUUUCCGUAUAUUAUUACUUUCACAGCUUUUGGAAUAUUUUUGAUGUGAUUGUUACAUUUGGAAGUCUCACCUGUAACAUUUUAGCGUUAGUUGGAUUUUCAAGCAAAUCACUAACGUUAAUACAGACCAUCUUCCUUAGCUUAAUUACCAUUCACCUAAUUCCUAGAUUUGAUUGUUUCGAUCAAUUGUUCAAAACUGUUAUUGUCAGUUUGCCCUCGGUUAUGAGCUUAAUUGCUACGUGGCUUGUUCUUUUUAUUACUUUUGCUAUCGCUUUUAACCAAAUUUUUGGUCUCACAAAAAUGGGCGAGCAUGGAGGUACCAACCGCAAUUUUAGGUCAAUUAGAAAUGCUUUGGUUAUUCUCUUUAUGAUGUCCUGUGGUGAAGGGUGGAAUAGUGUCAUGCAUGACUACGCUGUUAGUUUCCCGAAUUGUGUCAACGAUACAGAUUUCUAUAGCUCUGAUUGUGGUAAUAGACCUUGGGCUUACGCCUUAUUUAUCUCGUGGAACAUAGUGUCAAUGUACAUCUUUGUCAACAUGUUCAUUACCGUUGUUUUCGAAAAUUUCACUUAUGUGAGUUCCAAUACUUUUAAAACUCUUAGGCGCUCAGAUUUCCGCCAAUUUAAACAGUUUUGGGCGCCUUUUGACCCAAUGGUAACAGGUUUUAUUCCAAAAAGAAACGUAGCUAGAUUUUUGGUAUCGUUAAGAGGAGUUUACGAUUGCAGGGUCUAUAGGGAUGAUUUUUCGGUAACAAACUUGGUAACUAGGACGAAGCUAGGGAAUGAUGCUCUAGGAAACAACACUUCGAAUCUAUCUUUUGACAACGAGUUUGAAUACGAUGCCAAGAUUAACCUUAACGAUUUAGACGAUGCUUUAUUAGAUCUAAAUGUUGAUGAAAUUCGAAAGCGUCGAAAGUCUCUUAAUUUAUUAUACUCGGAACUUAUGAUGCUUCCUGGCAACGUUGUUUCGUUUUCAGAUAUGCUGAUGGUCAUUGUCCUGCAUAAAGUCAUUGAUCAUAAGCUAGUUCUACCUAUAUCAGAUUUUAUUCGCAGAACAUACGUACUUUCACGAUUAGAAGAAACUUACAGAUUCGAAAAAUUAAUGGACCUAAUCGAAACAUCGAACGUAAGACGCACUUUCCUCAAUCACCUAAAAGAAAGAAAAAAAGCAAUGGAGAAUCCUUUUAUUACUUUAGAGGAAGUCUCAAAUCUUUCAGCACCCCUUGUUUCAGAAACUUCUUCUCAAAACAACUUCAAUCCUAAUCAAUUACAGAUAAGUCCUUCGUUGGGUGUCAGGUCUCCCUCGUAUACCAAUUCUUUGGUACCUUCGCAGACAACGGGAUCUUUGCUUUCAGUGGAAAUUGGCUCACCUACCCCUAGUCAAAAUAUGGCGUCGACAUUCAAUGAUAACGAAAUACCACGAACUCCACAAACUCCUUCAUUUAAAGACGCUAUUAUUCGUGGUUCACAUUCGUUGCGUUCUGUUUCCGAUCAGCAUUCUACCCAUGAAAUGGAAGCAGGAUUUGGUGUUACCACGGCAGGAGCUGGAAGCACGGAAGACUUGAACCAAAUCGUUGACCAAAUUGAUGAUUAUUUGGAGCUUUGA